AUGACUACCCGUCAACCUCUAAAAGAGACCAACAAUAACGUGUGCAAAACACCAGCAAGAGAGACAAGGAAGCUAAACGCAGAAAAAGCUACGACUCAGCAUAACCAAAAUGUGUAUGUUCAAAAUGCAAAUGUGUCGUCUUCAAUGCGUCAAUGGCAGCAAUGUUGGAGGGAAAUCUUGAAAUCUACGGUGGUGUAUUUUGAGUACGAUGCUCAUGAAGACUCAGCAGAGAGAAAGAAGGCCAAACAACAUCUGGAAAGAUUGGGAUGUACCAUAGAUAUGUUCUUUAAUGAUGGAGUUACGAUCAUUGUGUCCAAGAGACCAUUUAAUUCGAAAGGCGUUUAUCCAGCAAACGAUUUGUUCCACAAAGCAAUAAGAAGAAACUUGAAAGUGUGGUCGUACGAGAAAGUAUUUCGCUUUUUACGCAAUCUUGGAGAGUUACCUUCUGCUGAUGUCGGUAAUGAGAAAGUCGUCGGAACAGAAGAAAAUCGCCUAUCGUCGUUGUUGAAGGAGGAAAAAUUACUUGGUCCAACAGAUAGAGAUCCAAGCGCUAAAAGAGAUGACUUCCACUAUUUCAAAGCUGUUUAUUUUCUGGUUUAUGAUUUUCAGCUUAAGUAUAGACCCAUAGCUUUCAGAGAAUGGUCCAAACCAGAUGAUCCAGAUAUCCCGCAUAUACGGGCAUCCACUAAUGGAGGCUGUCCAUUUGAAUCAGACUACGCCAGACCCAAUUCUGAGCGCAUGAUCAAAAAAAGGCGCAUGCUAUACGAACGAAACAAGGAAUAUAGACUUCGUUUGUAUGAGGCUUCCAAUUUGAAAAAGAACGUCGAAGCGCCCACUUCCGUCAUGAACCCAAGUCCGCAGCUAGAAGAUGAUAAUAAAGACGAAGACCAAGAAACAAACUCUAUUCUCUCUCUUAAUGAAGAUAAUGAGAACCAAAUCCAGCCUAUUGCAACCCCACUUCCACCUCAAUCUAACAAGCCACCGGUCGAAGCGCCCGUCUUGAAGCGCAAUGAUACGGUAUUGUUGGAACUCAUGAACAAGUCACAUCAUGUAAUUAAGGAUAACGGAGAAAUCCAAGCCUCCGGAAUAACUAACAUCUCUACUCAGCAAGUUUCUCAAAACUCUGCAGUGCAUCAGAAUAGAGGUAAUGGUUUAGGACCAAUCAAAGCUGAAGUAUACAACAAAAAAGUGUCCACAGAUAAACGUAAAACCGUAACAUUACAACGGAAUUUCCAGCAUGAAGAAACUUUGCAAGAGAGUGCUAAGAUUGCGCAAGAUUUGGCUCCUCCACAGCUAACAGUGAAAAAAGAUCGCAAGCGCAAGAGAGAACGUGCUGCGUACGAUGGGUACUGUGAAAACUGUCGGAUAGAAUACGACAAUCUCAACACUCAUAUUAAAACCCAGAUUCACAGGUCGUUCGCUCGUGAUGACUGUAACUUCAAGAAUAUUGAUAACCUAAUUUUCAAGCUAGCUGAAUCAAGGUCUCUGCAAAUCUAA